AGUCUCAUCUAGAACGGAAAAGCUGAAGAAGUUCGAUGGACUUUGCUCAUGUGACACAAAUAUUCAAUGAAAACGCCAUGUUAUGUAUUUCUGGUAAUUUGUCAUGUUCAGCUGACGUAGAACAACAAUAUUAAUGAGACAGAGGAGGCGAAUUUGAUUCACGUGAUAAUUGUAUUUCAUCUAGAACUUUAUGGUCUGACAUGGCUGGUGCUAGUUCCGGUGGAGGACGCAAUUAUUCCUUCAAAGUUGUGUUACUUGGAGAAGGAUGUGUUGGGAAAACGUCACUUGUUUUACGAUACAUUGAAAACAAAUUUAACGACAAACAUUUAACUACAUUACAGGCUUCUUUCCUGAAUAAGAAAUUAAAUAUUGGAGGGAAAAGGGUGAAUUUAUCAAUAUGGGAUACUGCAGGACAGGAGAGAUUCCAUGCCCUAGGACCAAUAUACUACCGUGACAGUAACGGAGCCUUACUGGUGUACGACAUUACAGAUGAGGAUUCCUUCCAGAAGGUAAAGAAUUGGGUGAAAGAGCUGAGAAGAAUGCUGGGAAAUGAUAUAAAUUUAUGUAUAGCUGGCAACAAGAUUGAUUUAGAAAAGGAACGGCAUGUAUCUGUAGCAGAGGCAGAGGCGUACGCAGCAUCGGUAGGAGCCCAGCAUUUUCACACAUCAGCAAAGCUGAAUAAAGGUAUAGAGGAGCUGUUUCUCGACUUAAGUAAAGCAAUGAUACAGAGAGCAGGGGAAGACAGUCAGAAGAAUUCCAAAAGUAACAGGAAAAGUGUGUUGGUUGUUGAUGACGACGAGCCACAGCAACAAUCUGGCGGAGGCUGUUGUGGGUAGUUGACAUCUCCCUCCGUAAAACUGGAAGUCGUCGCCUCACAGUACAACAAGUUGUCUUUCAGAACUUCAAGUGCAUCUCCAUCCCCACACUGAAUGACAUGGCCUAAAGAAACAUUGAUGACAUGGGUUUCGGGGCCCUCCUUCAAAUCUCAUAAUUACUUGGACUAAUAACUACAUGGACUUUGGUUUUGUUGGCAAUUACAUAUCAAAUUGAGAUUUGAGAACAAUGUUCAAAUGUAGUAGUAUACAGUUUUUAUUUCACACAAAUUUUGUUCUCAUAAUUUAUAUAUAUUUUGUUUUCAAUUGAGCAUUGAUUUAUUAACAAUUUAUAAGUGUUGGGUCUAGAUCGUUUUGUUUGAUGCCAUUUGGAAUUCACUGUUGCACCAGUCAUGAAGAUAUUACCACCUUGAUAGUAAUCCUUUAUACAUAAGUGUAACUCAUAAGAGUGACACAGUUCUUUAUAAGUAUUUGUAAUGUAGUCUAAAUGAUUAAUUUUGCUAAACUUGAAAAAUAGAUAUUAAACUACAGCGAAGGAAGAUGAUUUUUUCAGUGCAUCUGAACAUGCUUGAAAAUUUGCUUUGCUGCAUAACUUUCAACUAAGAAAGCAACAUACUGCAAUAUACCUUGUAACCAGAUACUUGAUGUGAAUAUUAGAAUUUUUCUUUUUUCACUUUCCUGAAAUAUCCUUUUCUUGGAUAUUGAUUUCUUAUCAAGAAAGUUUUCUUCAUUUCACUCUUUUGAUGAGGUUUAUUGAAUUAACAUUAUGUAUAAGACAAUUUCUUGUUGUGAUAAUCAUAUGUACGAAGAAUAAAUUAUGAAAAGGUUAAGCCAAAACAAUGGCUCCACCUUACUUCAUCAAUACAGUUAACCUAUAAAAAAUAGCAUCUGUCUCUUCACUGUCAAGAGAUAAUAUCACAAUUAGAGAUACAAAAAUAUCAUCAUCAGCAGCCAUGUCAGGAGGUGUGGAGUUGUCUGGAUCAAACUCUGUAAACAAAGAAAUAUUUAGCUUUAAGAUGAAGCUGUUAUAAAAUGUAAUUGAAGUUCAUCACUUCAAUGACAUGUACUCAUAUGAAUUGUCACGAUAUGUAAUAUGCGGGUGUUUGGUUAGGAUGAGGACAUUUGUUUUAUCAUUUUUUUUUAAAGAGCGCAAGUCAAAGAAUGUUAGAUAUUUAACAACAUAUACUAUUUUGACUGCCAGUAGGUUGAUCAAUUUUUCAUAAUGAUGAUUAAGUAUGUUGUUUUUUAUGUUAUUGUAUAUAAGAUUUGAGCUUUGUUUUACAUAAACUACUCUUGGAUUUAUUGGUACCAGAUUUGUGCUACUACAAGCGGCUUCAGCAGAUUCUAAUAGAUAUCUAGCUCUUAUUUCGUACUUUCUUAAGAUAUUUUGAAUGCAAUUUCUGGUAUAUUUUCAUAAAUAUGAACAGAAAUGUCAUUCAGAAAAAAAUGUUAAAAAUAACAAUUUAAUGUAAAGUAAUAAAAGACUUAUUUGGGAAAGUGUUAUACAGAGACUGUACUGUAAAACACUUUAUUUUUGUGUAUUCUGUAUUUUUCAUGAACUCUAAACUGUAGAUUUUUAUCAUAAUGGCAGAAAUUGAAACUAAAAUGUUCAAAUGUAAAAGUGUGAAAGAAAAUACCAACAAAUACUUUUGGUUAAACAUCUGACCUGGGCUGUUUUAGGAAAAUGUGAUGAAAAAUGUUAUAUAGACAUCACACGAACAUUGCUCGUUACAAUAUACUUCAUUGCACAUGCAGUGCUGUGACUGAUGAGUUCAGUUCUACCUAUCUUUACAGAGGUAUCAGUUGGUAGUUAAGGAUGUAUGCUACCUAACACAUUAUUAUGAUGACUUGUAUAAGAGUUAUCUUCGUUGGAAUUUUUAUUUUCGUCAUUAUGUGAUAAUUCAGAAUUGUUCAAAUUAUUAUUGCAUAUAGUCCUGUGUAUGGUUUGUGUACAUUUCAUCCAUAUCAUCAUAUUUCAAAACCAUUCGUAAGACAUAUUUGUCAUGGUUUUUAGAUUGGAACUCUUUAGUAAAGGAGAUUCAAGUGUAGAGUCCUUUUAGGUAAGGUCGCUAGUAUCCUCAAAUCUCAACUGUAAACAGAACAUAUUUUUAGCAACUUUCAUAUUCCAUGCCAUUUAAAUCCCAAUACAUAAAAUUUUGUCAUGGAGUUCAUUUAAUGACUUCAGAUAAAACAUUUGCGUUAACUUGUUGAUACAAUGUAGUUCACCUGGCAUGAAGUACCUGUAAGCAUUUGCAUGAUGCAGCAUUUGUAUCAUGUCAAUCUCACUCAACUUCUUCUUCAAAUUUAUAAGAUUAAUAAAACAUAAGGUCUCAGUGCUUGACUUGUAACUUGCUGGUGAUAAGUGCCAUGUUUGUUCAAUAAAUAAUCUUGACCUAAUUUCAGGUCACUUUUUGAAGGAGAAUCUUCAAACAAGUAUCCAUAAGGGAUAUAGUAAUGAUAUUUGACCUGGAGUAUAAGCUUGCUCUCUUUCUAUAAAGUUUAAAUAAAUUGACUUUGACUCAAUCUAAAGUUACAGUUAAUAGUAGGUAAUCAAUACAGGCCCACUAGGCCUCUUGUCAAACUUGUGCCCGAGUCCUCUAUACAACAUAAUUUUUUUUUACUUUAAACUAUACAUAUACUACAUAUACACAAUUUCAUGUAACAUAAUGGAUGGUUGGUAAUACUUUCUAGUCACUGAGAAGUUUUAAUGACUUCAAUGUCAACUACAAUCACACAGUCUGGUGAAGAGUACUGUGAUAUAUAUACCGGUACAUGUAGUCUUAUUUUUCUCAGUAAAAAUCAGCUAGAUUUAAACGUCUUGCCCUUAAGUUGAUUUUGAAAACUCUGAAGCAUCAUGGGUAAUCACCAAAUCUCCAUUGGUAAGUGCUUUCCAAAAUGGAAACUAAUGGUUGCCAUAUCUAGCUGCUGAAACAAUGAAAUCUAAUUUGCAUCAUUGUGUUAAAUAUUAUGUCCUUUGAUAUUGUUACCAAUUUCAUAAAAUAACUUGCCACCAGCGACUGCAAUGUGAUGCUCAUUAAAGCUGGGCUAGAUCAGCUUGUGGACCCCUAUAGGGUGUAUUCUUGUGCAGAAUAGCACAGGCUAAAUUGUGACAUUAGAAAAAGUUAAUGGCGAUUGUGACAUCAUUUAAACAGAAAAAACUUUAACCCUUGAGGUUAUUAUUUUGUUGUCAUUACUCUAUCAUAGGCAGAGCCUCUCGGAUUUGAAAAUUCUCAGUCACACGCUCUAAGUAGGGAAAAACUCUAUUAAUUAUUUCAGUGGUAUGGUAAUGACAAUUAUAGGUCUUACACUGAGGCGGUUUGUGUCCAUAUGAAAUGGUGCAUCAUGAGGCAUAGUCAACAUUUUCAAUGAAGUUUGAAAAAUUAUCCAUUGAACAUAUUAAUAGUGCUUAUAAUAAUAUUCUGUGGACAUUUCCACUGAUAGUUGAUUUCCUGUAAUCUAUUACAUUUUGCGAAAAAAAUCCUAUUUGCUUUUAGCUUAUCAUUAACAGAGAUUUGAGUAAUGUAUCUUGAGCAAAUACCAGAUAGUCUUGGUUGACUUGCUAACAACUGACUCACCUUAAUACUUACGAUCUGGAAGUCUCCCUGACUUGAUAGGAUAGCCAAGUUUUGACAUGCUUCAAAGCUUCUUAUCAGGAAGUCAUGGUUGACUUCCCUCACAACUUCUUAUCAGGUCCUCCGCUAGGGAACAAAACCGCUGGUUUACUCUCCUGAAUGAGCUAACAAGAUAUUCUCCCUAGCCGAGUCAGUAGGAAGUUGCUAGUGUUUUACGGGGGUGAUACAACUUCUUAUUAAAUUAUAGUACUUUUUGUUGUUAAGUUGAUGUAUUACCAGUACUGUCCUUUCUCCUAUCUGUAACUAUCUGAGAAAUACUUGCUUCAUGUGAUACACCCAUAUGAGAUACCAGGUAAAAUGUCAAGUACUUUGUCAGUUGACAUUUUGAAAACGUGAUACUGUGACACCAUUUCAGUGUGAAUGCAAAAUUAUUAAAUUUCAAUUUUGACCGAUAGAAGAUUAUGUCACCGAAAACACAGUUGGAAACCGAUAUCACCUCAAAGGAAGAAACUAUUUAACAAAGUGCGGUUGAAUGUUUGCAUUCUGCCAUAAUUUUAAAGUAUACUAUUUGUAUAUGUUUUUUCACUCGUUCAGAAUGAGUUCAUGGGUAAACUUAAAAAUUACCAAGAAUAUCUUCAUUUAUUGUCUUAUUUGCAAUGUCUGUUGAUUUUUACCAAAAUCCUUGGUUUAAGGUUACGGAAUACCAAAUAAAUUUCAUUGAUUGAUUAAUACAAGUUAUGUUCAUCAAGUGGGAAGAUGACACUGGUAUAUUUUCACAAGUGCAAAACAUUAGUGAAAAAACAGUGUUUAACAGACAAGUUGAAAUAUAAUGCAUAUUCAUCUCAAAGAACAACCAUGUUAUUGAUUAGACAGAACUCCUCAAUGAUGCACAAAACAAAAUUGUCCAUUUGAUCGGGAUCAUCAUGAAAUAAUAUGAUUUUUUUCAAAGUAAAAUGCGUCUGCCCAGUAGGUUAGCUUUCUGGAAAAAUAACAAGCAUUUAUUUUUCACAUAAGAAAUAUCAAGUUUACUUGCGGUAAAAAACAUUUUUUUCAUGGUAUUCAUCAGAGGUUACAAAACAUGCAGAAAAAAGAAUGAAGCUGCAUGCCCUUCAUUGUUAUAUCUUGAUAAUGUCAUGCUAAUUUGGAGAAAAAACGUGAACAAGUGUAAUUUUGCCUAUUAACUGCCUGUUCUGUGCUAUUGUAAAUAUUUAUUAAUGUAUUUUGUUAGCUUUAUUGUUGUUAUAAAGAAUAUUUAAUGAGAAAUGUAAUGGAAAUUUAGAGAAUGUAAGAUUGUCAAAACUACUGUUUGAUACAUUUAUUUAACUGAAAAUUGUGUUACCUGCAACUUUUAACUGGCGUGAAUGCUCAAAUAAAAAUAUUCUGCCCUUAUGAUGAAAGUGUGUACUAGAGAAAUACAUUGUCAACAGCCUCAUCCCUAUUGACUAGUGUGUAAUAAAUAUGUUUGCAGACUGAAAACCAGGUCAUUGAAUCAAAAAAUCUAAUGUUUGUAUGUGUUAUGUUUGUUAAGUUAAUAUAAGACGAAUCGUGAAUGUUACAAAAUAUUUUUCGAAGUGAAGAAAAUUGUAUAUUAAUCUGAAUAGAAGAAGACAAUAUCUUCUGGUAUUUAUGUUUAUAAUGUACAUACUUUAGUAGAAGUGCAUAUAGGUCGAUGUUGGUGUGACAUAUAUAUAUAUAUAUAUAUGGAGAAAGAUGGUUUCAGAGGAAGGGAGCGAAAGAAGUACAAUAGAGUGGUGAGUGAGGGAAGUUCCUUGAUUGAGAGAGUCCUGAAGGGAAAAAGGAUGAGAUUUUCGAGGAGAAAUUUCCCUGAGGAUUAUAGAAAGGGUGAUGAUUUCUUUUAAAGAAAGAAUGUUGGCAAGGACGAUUACUCGAUUACUCGGGUAGAAAUUGGGAGAGUAGAAGUUCUUAUAGGAGAUAGAGAGCUAGGGAGAAAAGUUCCUCUGGAAAAAACCCAAGGAAAAAAAGAAGUCCAUGGAGGAGAGAGGGAAGGCUUUUAAGGAUGAGAAGGUAGAGAGAGAGGAAAGAGAGACGGAGACAAAGAGUUAAAGGUGUGUCUGGCCGCCUAGUAAAUAUAGGGGUGGGUGUUCACAGCAUAAUCAGGAAAACAGUGCUUUUUGAUUUUCAACUGCAUACACAAUAAACCCAUAGGUGUCUGUAACACUUUGGUUCAAUAAAAUCACAUUAAUGAAACAUCUAA